AUGUCUGUUGAAAAUUCCCUUGCUCAUCUUUCCGUCGAAGAUAAGAUCGUCGAAGGUGCGAUCCCAGUGAAGUCUUUGGUCUUCAAGCCAAAGACCGCUAAGACUGCUACACCUGUGCCUGUUGUAGUAGUCGCAUUACAAUCUACUGUGACUCCAGCACCUUUGAUCGCUCAGUCUACCGGCACCAAGGAACCACGUUUGGCAAGAGAUGAAUUGUUCCAAUCUUUCUUCAAAUGUGAAAGUGCCAAGGCCUUCACCGUUGCAUACUUGUUGAACGCUGAAUCUGAAUUUCAUCUGUUGAUUGACAAGCAAUUGGAAACUGUCAAGGAUUCCGAUGUUCUAAAAUUGAACGAUACAUUGUUCAUUACAAAAGGUGAAUUCGUAAAAUUCCUAUCCAAGUUUGAAUCAUCUCAAAAGGUCGUUGAUUUCAGCCAAGAGGUAUCCAAGGAUGCUGGUAACGCCAAGAAGUCCAACGCUGCUACUCCUGCUGCUGCCGCUGCUACUUCCGCUGCCAUUGAAGAUGCCAAGUUGAUUGGUAUUACUGUGGAUAAAUCUCUCGACUUCUCAGGCUGGUAUCAACAAAUUUUGACCAAGGGUGAAAUGUUGGAUUAUUACGAUGUUUCUGGUUGUUACAUCUUGAGACCUCCAUCUUAUUCCAUUUGGGAAUCUAUCCAACGUUGGUUCGACGAUAGAAUCAAGGCCAUGGGUGUUCAAAAUGCUUACUUCCCCUUGUUCGUGUCUUCAAGAGUUCUAGAGAAGGAAAAGGAUCAUGUUGAAGGUUUUGCACCUGAAGUCGCAUGGGUUACCAAGGCUGGUUCUUCCGAUUUAGAGGAACCUGUUGCCAUUAGACCAACUUCUGAAACUGUCAUGUACCCUUACUAUGCCAAAUGGAUCAGAUCUUACAGAGAUUUGCCAUUGAAAUUGAACCAAUGGAACUCUGUUGUCAGAUGGGAAUUUAAGCAUCCACAACCUUUCCUAAGAACUAGAGAAUUUUUGUGGCAAGAAGGUCACACUGCUCAUUUGACCAAAGCAGACGCUGAAGAAGAAGUUCUACAAAUUUUGGAUCAUUACGCUGGUGUCUAUGAAGAAUUAUUGGCUGUUCCAGUCGUCAAGGGUAGAAAGACUGAGAAGGAAAAAUUUGCUGGUGGUGUCUUCACUACCACUGUGGAAGGUUACAUCCCUCAAACCGGUCGUGGUAUUCAAGGUGCUACUUCCCACCAUUUAGGUCAAAACUUCUCUAAGAUGUUCAACGUCAGCGUGGAAAAUCCAUUGGGUCCUGACCACCCUAAGGUUAACGUUUUCCAAAACUCUUGGGGUCUAUCCACAAGAGUUAUCGGUGUUAUGACAAUGAUCCACUCUGACAACAAGGGUUUAGUGAUCCCACCAAGAGUCUCUCAAUACCAAGCUGUGGUCUUACCAGUUGGUAUCACCAAGAAGACUACCGAGGAACAACGUGCUCACAUCCACAGUUCUGCUAGAGAAAUUGAAUCACGUCUAAAGAAGGCUGGUGUUAGAGCUUUCGGUGAUUACAACGAUAACUACACUCCUGGCUGGAAAUUCGCACAAUACGAAUUGAAGGGUAUCCCACUACGUUUGGAAUCUGGUCCUAAGGACAUUGAGAGCAACCAAGUCACCGUGGUUCGUAGAAACGAUUUCCGUAAAGUUACAGUCAAAUUGGAUGAAUUGGAAACUCGUAUUCCUGAACUGCUAGAAGAAUUGCAAAGAGACUUGUACUUGAGGGCAAAGGAAUUGUUUGACUCUCACAGAGUUGUCGUUAAUGAAUGGAAAGAUUUCGUUUCCAAUUUGAACAAAAAGAACGUCAUCCUUUCCCCAUGGUGUGGUGUUACCGAGUGUGAAGAAGAUAUCAAGGAAUCUUCCGCAAAGAGGGACGAUGGUGAAGAAUUUGAACAAGAUGAAAAAGCUCCAAGUAUGGGUGCUAAAUCUCUAUGCAUUCCAUUUGAGCAACCAGAAUUGAAGCCAGGUCAAAAGUGUGUUAAAUGUUCACACCCAGCUGUUCAAUACUGUAUGUUUGGCCGUUCCUACUGA